AAAUCACAACACUUUCUACACGAUGCAUGCUAUUUUUUUCACGUUCAAUGCAUUGAAAGCAUUAUUUUACAGUUAUGAAGAGAAAAAAAAAACAAUACGAUUUAAAUCCCAAUUCAAUAGCAACGAAACGAAGAGAUUUUGUUUGUAUGGAAAGCAACGCCUUCUGUUGGCGUAUGUCAUUGUUGCGUUGACGUAUCGUGAGCUCACAUCGGCAAUGGUUGAAAUUCAUAACUUUCAAAGCAUAUAGUUAAACAUCGAGCUGAGGAAAACACCAGGCAAAAUGAUUGCUCGAGCGCGUUUUGCCAAAUGGAUGCAUCAAACAAAAACCGUGCAUAUAGUUCCAUUGCUGCGUUUUAGCUCGGAGGCAACGGCAAAUACUUCAAACCACACAGACAAUUUCCUAAGAUAUGAUGCAGACCCAAGCAGUCAGUUUAUGGAAAAACAAAAUCGGGAGCUGAUGCAUUCGCUAACAAAUAUGCAAAUUGAGCGAGUGUUUCGAUCGCGACCAAAGCCAUUCACCCGCCCAACAUACCAUUUCUUAACGGCCCAAGAAGUUAAGGAGAAAUUGAAUGGUGCAUUACGAACGGCCAGACGUUUAUUGCUUAUGCCACCAAUUUUACACAUUGAAGAGGACGACAUUAAAAUUCUGUCCAAAGAUCCGGAAAUUCAAGGAUACACCGAUGCCAGAAUCGUAUUCAUCGACACAACAUUCGGUUUGAAGGAUCGUGAACGGGCGGUUUUGGUUCGUCAUCCAAAUGGUGUGCUAGAAACAGCCAAUCAAUUGACGAGACGACGUUUGAUUGAAACAUACUUUCCGUUUAAAGGGCGACGAAUAAUUGUUCCACGAAUGUUCUUCGGUGAGCAUUUCCAGCGUGUUUUAGACGAAGGAAAAUAUGAAUUUGUGUUAGACCGAGCCAUCAUUCAAUUUGAACCGUUUGAGAAAGACUACCAUCGAGUGACAAGCACAACGUAUCAACACAUCAGUCAAAAUAGUGCCUUUGAUUGUUUGCGAUCAACUCGUCACUUUGGGCCGAUGGCUUUCUUCUUGGCUUGGCACAAACUCAUCGAUAAUUUGAUAAUUGAUUGUAUUCGACGUGACUAUCUACGGAAUGCCGUGGAAGCCAUCUGUUUGAUGUACAAUUUGAACAAAAUCCCAUAUGAUGCAUAUAUUUUGGAACAAUUGAAACGAUUCCCAAGACGUGACGAUGAACAUUUUUACCGAAAAUUAAUCGAUAGCAAAACCAAUGUAGUGGAAUUGGAAAUUGAGAAAACGGCCGGCAAAAACGAAGACGAUCUAAAAUGUGAUGAAAUUUGCCUGAAAUUCCUCGACGAAUAUUGUAAAUCGGAAAAUGUUACCAAAUCAAAUGAAAUCAAAGCCACGAUACAAACCUAUCGAGAGCACGCCGAAGAGAAACGGCGACUUUUACAAGGAUUGCAAAAAGCACAUGGCAUUAAUUAAAGUUUUGUUUCAAUUUGCAUUUUGAGAUAAGGCUCAGCUGUGCUGUUGUUAGCUGUAUAGAAAUAAAAGAAAUAUUCAAUAAAAAAACAAAAUCAAUUA